AUGAGCCCCAAGCCCCUGCAGCAGGAACGUCUCAGUGCCCCCACCAUGUUCCUUCUCUUGGAACUUUCCGGUGUCAAUGGAGGAGAGAUAACCCCCUGCCCAUUCUUCUCACUCAUUUACCUGGUGGUGGUGCUGAGGAACCUGCUCAUUAUCACCCUUGCGCUGAAUGUGCACCUCUACUCCCUCAUGUAUUUUUUCCUGGGCCACCUCUCCUUCCUGGACAUCUACUGUUCUGCCACGCCCCUCCCUAAGAUCCUUGGAGACUCCUUCUCGUCACAGAAGACCACCUCCUUUGUGGUCUGCAUCACUCAGAUGUACUUCUUCCUUGGCUUUGGGGGCUCUGGGUCACUGCUGGCUGCCAUGGCUCAGGACCUCAUGGCCAUCUGCCUCCACUGCCUGGCACUGAUGAGCAAGAGGGUGUGUCACUGCUUGGUGGCUGAACAGCUCCUUCUCACCUCUGAUGCAGGCCUGCCCCCAGCCCACUUGUCCUUCUGUGGGUCCAACGUGAGCGACCACUUGUUCUGCAACCACUUUGUGCUGCGGGCCCCCUGCAGCCACACUGCCCUCAGCACAGCCGCCUUGUACACUCUGGCUGAGACCCCUGCGAUGGGCUCUUUACUUCUCACUCUUGUGUUGUAUGUUCAUCUUUGGAGCUGUCCUGAACAGGGAGCAGGGACACAGAGAGCCUUUGCCAUCUGCACCUUGCUCCUUGCCAUAGUGUCCCUGUUCUUCACAGGGACUGGAACCAUUUGAUACCUCGUGCCUCACUCCAGCAGCUCCAAGGAGACAGACAUGGUCCUUGCCCUACUCUACACCAUUGUGACCACCAUGCUCAACCCCAUCAUCUACAGCUUGAGAAACAGCAAGGUCAAAGGGGCCAUCAGGAGAGCCCUGUACCAGGGUGUCUUACAGACGUCCACCAAGGGUGCAGUCAUCACUGCUGAGCGACCCCCACCCUCCCUGUGA